ACAUAAGAAAAGUUACGUAAAGUAAAAGAUAAUACAAUAACAUAUGGACAUUGAAACAUUACUGAUUUCGAAAGACCGGAAAUGGCAUCGUCACUUAUUUUUGCACAGGACGUCAUUCGAUGUUCUCUCUGUGUUAAUGCGGUCGACUAUUACUGUAAAACAUGUGAUAAUAAACUAUGCAGCGAAUGCAAAUCUAAACAUUUAUCGGACAAAGGAAAAUUACACGAAGUUGUAGCGUUCAAUAGCGAUAAAAGCGAAAUAAAAAGGAUUGGAUGUUUUUCUCACAAGCGGAACAAUUGUGAAUUUUUUUGCAGAAAUUGUAAAAUCCCGGUCUGCUUACAUUGUGUGGUUGGAAAUCACAGGCAACACGAUUUUACAGAACUUGACGAUUUUCUAGAGGAAAAGAGGCAGGGUAUUCUAGAAGAUAUAGAAGAAAUCGAAACUUUGCUUCUACCAAAAAUCCAACAUCAGCAAUAUAUCAUCCAUGAAGAAAAAAGUAAGAACACGAUUGAAGUCAUUUCAACUCAGGAAGAUAUCAUUUGUAAAGCUGUUCGAGAUUUUGGGAACAAACUUAGAGAAAAAGUAAAACAACACAAAGCGGAAAUUCAAGAAAAGGAGAAUAAAAAUGCAUCCGCUGAACAAAACACCCUUAAAGUUCUUCAUAAAGCAAAAUCAUUGCUAGAAAGCAGAGAGAUUAAAGACGUCCUAGAAUACAGUGGGAUAAUACCAGAGUUGAGGAAUGUUCAACCAUUAGAUAAUUGUCAGCCUAUUCUUGAUGUUAAAAGAUUUACAGAAAAGGACAUAGGUUCAUUAUUUGGAACUCUGGUGAUCAAGAAGGUUUCUGAAGAAACUGAGAAUGAAAACUGUGAUCUUGGAAGAAAAUUGGAAGGAGAGUCAUGGUUUCAUGGAUUUAUUCCCCAGGAAGAAGCAGACCGACUUUUGAAACAAAACGGUGAUUUCUUGGUUCGAGUGUCAAAAAGAAAAUCAGGGGAAGAAUGCAGUUAUAUAAUUUCUGCUUUUCAAGAAAGACCAGUGCAUAUCAAGAUCUUCCGCAGAGGUGUUUAUGAGAAAAUCGGACAAAAGGGCACAGUUGUAGACUUUGUGAACCACUUGAAGACAACGGGAGAAACAUGUUCAUCAACAGUGCCAGUAUUUUUGGUAAACCCAAUUGCUCGGGAAAGAAAUCACCUCAAAUACGAUGAAAUUCUUCUCGACUCAACGUGUGAGAUUAAUCUACAUAAAUUCCCAUCUUUUUUCUAUGGAUUACAUAAUUCGAAGAAAGUUUUUAUACAGAAAGAAAAAGAGAACUUGAAAGACGUUUUCAAGGAUAUUAAUUUCUUACGACAGUUUAAUCAUCGAAACAUCGUUAAUAUUAUUGGUUUUUCAGCACUACGGGAGCCUGUUUUACUUGUUAUAGAGUACCUUUCCGGUGGUUUGUUGUUGCAUUAUCUUAGGAUGAGAGGAGACUCUUUAAAUUCAAGACAGAAAAUCAAAAUGUGUCAGGAUGUCGCAAAUGGAAUGGCUUACUUACAUCACAACAAAUGUAUUCACAGAGACCUUGGAGCAAGAAACUGUUUAGUUGGUGAAGAUUCUACAGUUAAGAUUUUCAAUUUCCGAAUGGCAGAAAUGGGGGAUCAGUAUGAAUCUAUCAGUGCCUAUUUUUAUGCCUCAAAAUGGACACCACCUGAGUCUAUUCUGUCAGGCAAAUUCACAUUCUUCAGUGACGUCUGGAGUUUUGGGAUCUUAAUGUGGGAAAUUUUUUCAUCCGGACAAAUACCUUACAGUGACAUGAAAAGAUGGGAAGCUGCUGGAAAAGUUGUCGAAGGAUAUAGGAUGCCUCCGCCUCCAGGGACCCCAAAGUCUUCUUAUGAAGUGAUGUUAAAGUGCUGGGAUAAGGAACCGAGUAAUCGAUACUGUUUUAAUGCUGUUGUGGAAAAGCUGACUAAAAUUAUCAAAAAAGUGAAGUGACAUAGAAAAUGAAUAAAACGAAUGUAUAAAGCGUAGAAGAAUUCACACAAUUUAUUUUUGUAU